AUGGAUAUGUCUAUGCUAGGGACAGGGGCUUUCAGCUCCAAUGCCACCAGCUCCGAGAUGGACGAGACGCACAUUGCGACGGCAGAGGCCCGCAGACACGACCCGCGGGCCAGUGUGACACCUAGUGUCUUUAGUGAGGAGACCAUUGUCCCUGACAAUGCCAGUUAUCACGAGUCUGUACAGGCUGGUAAGAGCGACAAGUCUGAGAAACCAGGAAAGGCUAGCAGGAGCAAGCCUAGCGUUGAGGAUGAGAAUGAGGCGCAGAUGGAAGCUCAGGUUACUUACCUCGCUCGCGAACUCACUCGUCAAUCGACGCGCUUCUCUGUUGCUGGCAACACCGCCGAGAACACCUUCCUCGAGACGCAAGAGAAUUCGACCCUCAACCCCCACAGCGAGAACUUUAAGGCUAAGAACUGGAUGAAGAACUUCCUCGCUAUCCACUCCCGCGAUGAAGAACGAUACCCCAAGCGCCAGGCUGGUCUUGGGUUCAAGAACCUCAGUGUGCACGGCUUUGGUAGUCCCACCGAUUACCAGAAGGAUGUUGCCAACUCUGUGCUGCAGAUUGGUGCUUUGUUCCGGAGUAUUGCCGGUACCGGCAAGCAAAAGAUUCAGAUUCUACGCAACUUCGAUGGUCUCGUCAAGAGCGGCGAGAUGCUUGUUGUCCUUGGACGUCCUGGAUCUGGAUGUUCGACCUUCCUGAAGACCAUCGCUGGAGAGAUGAACGGUAUCCACAAGGAUGAGAACUCUCACAUGAACUACCAGGGUAUCUCCGACAAGCAGAUGCAGAGCCAAUUCCGUGGUGAGGCCAUCUACACGGCUGAGACCGAUGUGCAUUUCCCCCAGCUGUCUGUGGGAGAUACUUUGAAGUUUGCCGCUCUCUCUCGCGCACCGCGCAACCGUCUGCCUGGUGUCAGCCGUGAGCAAUAUGCAACCCACAUGCGUGAUGUCGUCAUGGCCAUGCUGGGUUUGACGCACACCAUCAACACCCAGGUUGGUAACGAUUUCAUCCGUGGUGUCUCCGGUGGUGAGCGUAAGCGUGUCAGUAUCGCCGAGGCCACCCUCUGUGGUAGCCCUCUUCAAUGCUGGGAUAACAGUACCCGUGGUCUGGAUAGUGCCAAUGCUUUGGAGUUCUGUAAGACACUGAACCUGAUGGCCAAGUACUCUGGUACUACCUGUGCCGUCGCCAUUUACCAGGCCUCCCAGAGUGCCUACGAUGUCUUCGACAAGGUGACUGUCCUGUACGAGGGUCGCCAGAUCUACUUUGGUCGCACCAAUGAGGCCAAGGAGUUCUUCACCAACAUGGGCUUCGAAUGCCCCGACCGUCAAACUACCGCCGAUUUCCUGACCUCGCUUACCAGCCCUGCCGAGCGUGUUGUGAAGCCUGGCUUCGAGAACAUGGUUCCUCGUACCCCCGAUGACUUCGCCGCCGCCUGGAAGAACAGUGACGCCUACCAGGCGCUCAUGACGGAGAUCGCCGAGUUCGAUGCCGAGUUCCCUAUUGGAGGCGAGGCUCUGGACAAGUUCACCGCAUCUCGCAAGGCCAUGCAAUCCAAGAACACACGGGUCAAGUCGCCCUACACCAUGUCUGUCAUGGAACAGAUCCAGCUCUGUGUGUCUCGUGGUUUCCAGCGCCUGAAGGGUGAUUUCAGUUUGACUAUUUCUGCUCUUAUUGGAAACUUCAUAAUGGCCUUGAUUAUCGGUUCCGUCUUCUAUCAGCUUGAAGACACCACGGAUAGUUUCUAUUCCCGUGGCGCGCUUUUGUUCUUUGCUGUCUUGCUUAAUGCCUUCUCCAGUGCUCUUGAGAUCUUGACUCUCUAUGCGCAACGUCCAAUUGUCGAAAAACAGGCUCGCUACGCCAUGUACCAUCCUUUCGCCGAGGCCAUCUCUUCCAUGUUGUGUGAUACUCCCUACAAGCUUCUUAACGCCAUCACUUUCAACGUACCGCUCUAUUUUAUGACUCGCCUUCGCCAAACCCCAGGAGCUUUCUUCACCUUCCUCCUCUUCUCCACUGUCACCACCUUCACCAUGUCCAUGAUCUUCCGUACCAUCGCCUCUUACUCGCGUACACUGUCGCAGGCUUUGGUACCCGCUGCUAUCUUGAUCCUUGGCUUGGUGAUCUACACUGGUUUCACCAUCCCCACCCGUAACAUGCUUGGCUGGUCUCGCUGGAUGAACUACAUCGAUCCGAUCGCGUACGGUUUCGAGUCCUUGAUCGUAAACGAGUUCCACGGCCGCGAAUUUACCUGUGCGGCAUUUGUCCCGUCUUAUGAAAAUGCUUCGGGUAUGAACAGGGCGUGUUCGACAAAGGGAGCUAAGGCUGGCAUGAACGUCGUCUCCGGUACUGAUUACUACAUUGACAGCUUCCAGUACGCUCACAGCCACAAGUGGCGCAACCUGGGUAUCAUGUUUGCCUUCAUGGUCUUCUUCAUGGCCACCUACCUCAUUGGCACUGAGUACAUCUCCGAGUCCAAGUCCAAGGGCGAGGUUCUGCUUUUCCGUCGCGGUCAAACCCCCAAGCGUACCGGUGGUGUUGAUGAGGAGAUUGAAAUGACCGAUGUCUCCUCUGCCGAGAAGAAGGAUGGUUCCGAGCCCGGCGAGUCUGCUGCUAUCCAGAGACAGACUGCUGUCUUCCAUUGGCAAGACGUGUGCUACGAUAUCAAGAUCAAGAACGAGGAGCGCCGCAUUCUCGACCACGUUGACGGUUGGGUCAAGCCCGGUACCUGCACUGCUCUUAUGGGUGUUUCUGGAGCUGGUAAGACUACUCUUUUGGAUGUUCUUGCCACCCGUGUCACUAUGGGUGUUGUUUCCGGUGAAAUGUUGGUCGACGGUCGUCCUCGCGACCAGUCCUUCCAGCGUAAGACCGGCUACGUUCAGCAGCAGGAUCUUCACCUCCACACUACUACCGUCCGCGAGGCCCUUCGCUUCAGUGCCGUCCUUCGUCAACCCGCCCAUGUCAGCCGCCAGGAGAAACUUGACUAUGUCGAGGAGGUUAUCAAGCUUCUUGAAAUGGAGCACUACGCUGAUGCCAUCGUCGGUGUCCCCGGUGAAGGUCUCAACGUUGAGCAGCGCAAGCGUCUCACCAUUGGUGUCGAGCUCGCUGCUAAGCCUCAGCUCCUUCUGUUCCUUGACGAGCCUACUUCCGGUCUUGACAGUCAGACUUCUUGGUCCAUUCUCGAUCUCAUUGACACCCUCACCAAGCACGGUCAAGCUAUUCUCUGCACCAUUCACCAGCCCUCUGCCAUGCUCUUCCAGCGUUUCGACCGCCUGCUGUUCCUCGCCCGCGGUGGUAGAACCGUCUACUUUGGUGAAAUCGGUGAACAGUCUCGCACUCUGUCCAACUACUUCGAGAAGAACGGUGCCCCGAAGCUGUCUCCCGAUGCCAACCCCGCUGAAUGGAUGCUUGAAGUUAUUGGAGCCGCCCCCGGAUCCCACAGUGAUAUUGACUGGCCUGCGGUGUGGCGCGAGAGCCCCGAGCGCGUUGAAGUCCACAACCACCUCGCCACUCUCAAGUCGGAUCUCUCUCUGAAGCCUGUGGAGACGAACGCCAACGACCCCUCCAGCUUCCAAGAAUUCGCAGCUCCCUUCUCCGUCCAACUCUGGGAAUGUCUCACCCGUGUUUUCAGUCAAUACUGGAGAACCCCCGUCUACAUCUACUCCAAGGCUGCUCUUUGCAUUCUCACUGCUCUCUACAUUGGUUUCUCGUUCUUCCACGCCCAGAACAGUCAACAGGGUCUUCAGAACCAGAUGUUCAGUAUCUUCAUGCUGAUGACCAUCUUCGGUAACUUGGUCCAACAAAUCAUGCCCCACUUCGUCACCCAGCGCUCCCUCUACGAAGUGCGUGAGCGUCCAUCCAAGUCCUACUCCUGGCAAGCAUUUAUGACAGCAAACAUCCUCGUCGAACUCCCCUGGAACACCCUUAUGUCGGUCUUCAUCUACAUCUGCUGGUACUACCCUAUCGGUCUCUACCGCAACGCCGAAGCCACAGACUCAGUCCACGAGCGUGGCGCCUUGAUGUGGUUGCUCAUCCUGACUUUCUUGCUUUUCACCUCAACCUUCGCGCACAUGGUCAUUGCCGGCAUCGACCUAGCAGAGACAGGAGGAAACAUCGCCAACCUGAUUUUCUCUCUGUGUCUGAUUUUCUGUGGUGUUCUCGCAACCCCACAGCAAAUGCCCGGCUUCUGGAUCUUCAUGUACCGAGUCUCGCCAUUUACAUACCUCGUCUCGGCAAUGCUGUCAACCGGUACUUCCGGCGCAGCAGUGACCUGCGAGGACAUCGAGUUGCUCCACUUCUCCCCUCCGUCAGGCCGGACUUGCUAUGACUACAUGCUGCCCUACAUGCAGCCAACAGGGGGAUACCUGACCAACCCCAACUCCACUGAUACAUGCUCCUACUGUGCCAUUGGUGACACGGACACUUUUCUUGCGAGUGUGUCCAGUCACUACAAGGACGCCUGGCGCAACUUUGGUUUCAUGUGGAUUUAUAUCAUCUUUAACGUCUUCGGUGCGGUCGCUAUCUACUGGCUUGCUCGUGUGCCUAAGGGCUCGCGCAACAAGAACUAG